CAUUGUGGGUAGCAGAGCUCCACCCGUCUCCUCCGCCCGGACUCCACCUCGACGUCAGGCCGAUCGCCCGGCCCAAUGGAAAGUUACACCGAUUAAUAUCCAAACCUUCCUAUAUUCCUGUUUUCCUACCACCCGGCCGUGCGGAGGUGAAUGAGGGGAUCGGGGCGGACAGGACCCUCGGAGCGGGACUGAAGACGGAGGAUCAUCCGCCUGAUCGUCGGUCGACACUGCGGACGCGGAACUGCUCAGCUAAAGGUGAAUCAUGACCGAGUAUAAGCUGGUGGUGGUGGGGGCUGGAGGCGUAGGCAAGAGCGCAUUGACCAUCCAGCUCAUCCAGAACCAUUUUGUGGACGAGUAUGACCCAACCAUCGAGGACUCGUACAGAAAGCAGGUGGUGAUAGACGGGGAGACGUGUCUACUGGACAUCCUGGACACAGCGGGCCAGGAGGAGUACAGCGCCAUGCGGGACCAGUACAUGAGGACCGGCGAGGGCUUCCUCUGCGUCUUCGCUAUCAACAACACCAAGUCCUUUGAGGACAUCCACCACUAUAGAGAGCAGAUCAAGAGGGUGAAGGACUCCGAGGACGUGCCCAUGGUCUUGGUGGGCAACAAGUGUGACCUCCCAUCCCGGACGGUGGACACCAAGCAGGCCCAGGACCUGGCCCGCAGCUACGUCAUCCCCUUCAUCGAGACCUCUGCCAAGACCAGACAGGGCGUGGACGACGCCUUUUACACAUUAGUGCGAGAAAUCCGGAAACACAAGGAGAAGAUGAGUAAGGACGGCAAGAAGAAGAAAAAGAAGUCAAAGACAAAGUGUACUCUAAUGUAAAGGAACACGCCAACCUCCCCCGCACGCUUCAAGACAGACUGGAGAGAAAACAAGUUGAACAUUUUAAGUAAUACAUUUGUACAUUACACUAAAUUAUUACUCUAUUUCUUAGUGCCCACCGUACUGAAUUCUAAAAUGAGCUAGAUUCAGCUGCAGUUAUUUUAUUUUAUUUGUUUUGCUACUAGGUAACCAGUAAGCUUGAUCUGACCUUCCGUCUAGAACCAGGUGCCCCGUGCACUGGUCAGGAGGUCUUACCUGCUAGGAGGAAACUCUACUGAGGUGGGAGGAACUGAUCUGAGUUUAUGUCACUACUCCUUUUGGAUCAAUGUGUUAAGUAGCAACUUGUUUUACUCUUCAUCAGGCCAUGACCUACAGACGUUUGGUGAUUCCUUCAGAUCCUACGGGAUGCCAAAGAAUAAAUUAAAAUCCCAUUGAAUUAGAAAUAAAAGAACACAUGGAAAAUGGACCAGCACUUACCUGGAUAAAUCCAGAUGUACUAGCCACUGUGUAAUAUCCCAUUCCUCUUUGAACUUCGAGAUAUGACUUGAUAAUGUCAUUAAAGUUAUGUUGUGGAUCAAAGUAUGCAUGAGAACUCCUACUCUUCCCAGAAUGUUUUAACACCCUAAUUAUCUCCUAAUUACUUUGAAAUUCAUCUGCCUUUUGUAUUGUGUGGGUAGUGAUCUAUUGCCUACAGAAGAUGUUGUCCUUGCAUGCAUCGUGUCCUUAAUGCCCUUAGAAAUACUCGUUGCUAAUACUGUAUAGAGGCAACAGAGCCAGGAAUGUGGAACUGUGACCAUAGUGGAAAUCUGUCACUUUCAAGUGAUCAUUACUUUUGCAUUUCUGAGAACCAAAACCACCAGAAUAGUUGGGUUUUAAUAAAUGUAUGAUUUAAUGAAACCGCUGUAAGUAGACCUACCAGACCCAUGCUUUUAUAUUCUCUUGCUUCUUAGCUCAUUUCUGUGAGAUUUGUUAAAUUUCCACAUUAGCCUUUUAAAAUACUUCCUUCCACUAAUUUCCCCCCAAAUUCUUGUAGAUAAUUAGCUUAGUCUGGUGUCAUGGAGGACGUUCAAUAUGUUGGUGAAAUUGAGCUUCCUCCUGUUGUUUGGCCUUUUCAGGUUUUUGAUUUACUUGCUCAUCUUCUCAAAUUGUUUGCUGGGCUGCCUUUCAAACAAGUUAUUGUCCAGUGAAAUAAUUAACCAUAAUCACUCGCGUAACAUGUGAAAUGAAGUGAUGUAACUGAAGCUAUUUUUGGUAAAUGGGCACAAAUUGCCAAUCAUUUAGUUUUGAGACAUUCAAAUUUGGAGGGGAAAAAAUUAACGUUCUCCUUGGAAUCUUCUCUUUUCUCUGCAAAUCGUAAACCUUCUGCUGGGAAUUCUACAUCUUUCAAAACUUUAGCAUUAGUUGAUGUGGGCGUUGGAAAAUCAGAGGAACAUUCACUGUCAGGCUUAAUACGGUUUGUGUGGAGGAGAGACAUGGAAUAUGAUUAAUGGAUUUUAACCCACUGUAUUACAUAUUGCUCAUGAAGUAGAUAACUGUUAAUGCGAUUGAAUUCUAGAAUCCACUUGUUCACAAUACUGUUUCCUGAAAAAUAGUUUUACUGAAAAUGUUAAUGUCCCUCUUAUUGCGUGCCAACCGCUGAUUUUUUGGAAAUGUAUCAUUUAUACCUUGAUCGUAUUUUAACAACCUUUGUAUAGUUGUGAUACUGAAAGGUGCAUAUUUUGUAAAUUGUGCUUAAUUUCUUUGGUGUGUCUAAAUGAAUGUUGCUUUAACGGAGCCCGGCUCCUGUCGGUGUAUGUGAUUAGGGAGUGCGACUGGGUCCUCUGGGAGUGGGUGAAUGGAUCACGACUCCACGCCCGUUGUGGGUGAUGUCGUGCUGAUCGAUCUCAAAUGAGUCUAUUUUUUUGCCAUGAAUCUCACCACUCCUAUUUAAUGUGUAAUAAAGAACACAAAUAAAGAGGAGCUUAUGUUGGUUGUUCUUGUU